AAAGGCCGUCCCUAGAACUGAUUUUCAAGAAAAGCUUACUUGGAUUCAUGCAGUGCAAUAAAAGUGUUUGCCGAUCUUCAAGUAAAGUACUGUAUGAAUUCUAAAGAACGGAUUCCACUACUUCUGAACUAAGUUGUUCUUUGAAGGGUUUUAGCAUGUGAUAACACUACUUGGGAACGAUAUCUUUGGAAGAUACUUUCUGGUAUCUCUAGUGCUCUAGAAAAGCUACAGUCUGGUAACACUGGAAAACAUCAUCAACAAGCAGACCAGAAAAGAAAUUGAUCUAAAGCGAAAGUCAUGGCGAAAACGGGCUUCCGGUUAUCCUUACAAGACUUAGCGGAGAUUGGACAGAAAUACCUGUGUAACUCUUGCACCUUUGUGCUGAGGGAUCCCGUCCAGACAGAAUGUGGACACCAUUAUUGUCGUUCCUGCUUGGAUUUUUUGCUCAGGAAGUCAAGUGAUGCCAAAUGUCUCAAAGAUGGAAACCCUCUCAGAAAAACCUUGGUGUUUCCCGAUGCGUGUAUAGCGCGUGAGGUGCUGUCUUUCACGGUGCAUUGUGUUUAUGUUGAAGAUGGGUGCACAUGGACUGGUGAAAUAAGGGUACUAGAGCGUCAUCUCGAAGAGUGUCCUUUCGUGCGGGUUUCUUGCAUGUUUUCUUCCUGCGGGGUCCUGGUAAAGAGAAGUGAACUUGCCUUCCAUCUCGAGAAUGAAUGCAGCGAACGAGCGGUAACAUGCAAUUACUGCAAGAUGAGCAUCCCGUUUUCUAAAGUCAAGGUCCAUGAAAGUACAAAGUGCAUGUCUUUUCCUGAAACUUGUGGUUUGUGUAUGAAAACGAACAUUCCUAGAGAAGAGUUGAAGUACCACCACGACGAGUGUGAAGAAGUGGAAAGGGAGUGUGCCUUUGCACCUGUUGGUUGUAAGGAAAAGAAGAUGAAGAAGAGUGAACGAGAAAACCAUCUGAGAUCAUUCGUGAUGUUUCAUCUGAAUCUACUUCUUGUGUUCGUCCUAGCGAUCAGGGACCAAAUACAAUGGGUACUCAACAAAAUGUCAAACUUGUGCGAAGAGCUUGGUAACCUGAAGGCACUAAAGGAAACAGUCAUCGAGAUGACGUCACAAAUAGCGGCCCUCAUCAUCAGUAACACAGAAGUCCGAGACGAGCUGAAAUUGCAAGGUGCACGAACGAAAGCUAUUGAGGAUAACAUCAAGGAACAAAUUGGUGGAGAAGUCCCUGGUGGAGAAGUCCUCAGGCAAAGGCAUAGAGAUCGUAACGAAAUCCCCGAAGAUUACGAGGGUCUGAGAAGAGAAUUUACCCGCAUGUCGCAGUCGCUAGAAGUCUUGCAAACGGCUUUCAGACAAAUGGAGAGAGAGCUUCAAAGUCAAAAUCAGAUCAUAGCCAUGAGUGGUGUUAACAUGACAGACAUGGAGAAAGAUCUCCGCCGGCUUGAGGAUACCAGCUACAAAGGAGUAUUGUUAUGGAAAAUAUCUGAUUUUGCCAAAAAAAGACGUGACGCCAUCAACGGAAGUAACCCUUCAUUCUACUCUCCGUUCUUCUAUAGUAGUCGCUAUGGGUACAAGAUGUGCGCGCGCAUAUACCUUAAUGGUGAUGGCAUUGGUAGGGGAACGCAUAUCUCACUGUUCUUUGUUAUAGUGAGAGGAGAGAACGAUGCUCUUCUUCGUUGGCCAUUCACACAGAAAGUCACAAUGAUGAUCCUUGACCACAACUCUAUGGAGCACGUGAUUGAUGCGUUUAAACCAGACCCUUUGAGUUCAUCGUUCCAGAAACCUGCCAGAGAUAUGAAUGUUGCAAGUGGAUGCCCGAUGUUCUGUCCUCUGGGGGAAUUGGACAGGCAUGCCUAUGUCAAGGAUGAUUUAUUGUCAGUGACGUCAUCUACUCAAACGAGACAUCGAUCCAUCAGUSGCCAAAGUCAAGUCAAUGCAAGUUGCGCAAAUACAACUUACAAGAAUUUGACAUUUGAAUUGAUGUUUGUGAAUGGCGGCAUGGAAGUACAAGUGUUCUUGCCUGCUUGCUUGCCCUAGUUGUUCUCCUUCAACAAGAUGGCAAAUGUAUUUCCAGCUCAGUUCUCUUUGAACUCGCCUUGUUUGUGCUGGUGCUGUAGUCCACUUCAGCAUCAGACAAACUGACGUCAAUUUCCACGUCACAGUGACGUACUUCCGAUUUAGUCUGAGAUCCCCUGAUCACAACUGAGUCCAGUGAGCGGCGCGGUUGCCAUGAACACCAAGGAAAAGCGUCAAGCAUGUUGUGGAGUUUCUGUAGUUGUAAAGGGGAGUAGGGUAAUAGUGGUAGGUAGGAAUGUGGCGCAGACAAAGGGAAGAUGUUGCUUUCUUCAGUAGAGUAUGCAGGAAGGUUUUUGUAUUUUAUAGAAGGGUUGUCCUUGCUGUAGGAAUCCAUGACGACGCGCUCGAAAACAUUUUCGCUGCCUCCGAAGUCGUAGAAAGAGAAAAGCUUCUUUCUGAGUAACUUUUUGAUGAGAAUUUCUUCCUUGAUACUUAUGUGUUUUUCACGGUUCAUAAAUCCCCCUCCUUUGGACGACAUCGCCAACUCCCUCUUGAUUUUGGAAGCGUAGCUCGCCGCACUACUCAAGRAUAUCUCAUCCAUACUUUGAUGAAAACAUUCCUUGUGACACUGCCUGGCUUGUUGAGUCCGACGAACCUCCCUUAACAAGCCAUCAAUAUCAAAACUUCUCACGGCCUUCUGUUCAAUAGGGUCGAGGUGCUUAUUCUUAGAGUCCCCUUCUUUAACAGUGUCAGGUAUCUCGCGCUUUUGGCUCGACCACGCUCGAAAACAGGGACCAGUUUUGAUGGGCUGUUCCAAAAUAUUGCCAUUUUUAUCGGUUAUUCUCGGUAAACCCGUCACGAAGGAAUUCUCUGUUCUUGACGAUAUGUUCUCGAAUCGAACUCUUUCAAUAUCCACUGCCGAUUUUGAUCUCUGACUCUCGACUUUAUUUUCUGGUAACUCGAUUUUAGGAAAGCCCUUGCCGCGACAGAACAGCGGUUCGUUGUGUUUCCUGAUCGACAAAGAUGCACUGCUCCCACUAAGAGUAAAAGAUCCUAUUCCAUAUGGCUUGGCUUUAUAUCUUGACCGUGUUGUCUUGUCUAAAGAGCCAUCAAGGGACGACUUUGAAGGCUCUUCUGAUGUUGGGCUGGGGUUUGGGUUUUCUAGCCCAUCUGUGUUCCUAACGUCAGGUAAAGAAGACCUUACUCCACGUGAGCAUGCUUUACGUUCAACAGGGGGAAACUCGACGUUCAACUUCUUAGGUGAAAAUACAACCUUUUCAACGAAUCUUGGGUACUCGUCGUUAUCACAAUUUUUGGUGAAUAACGCGUGAUUUCCAGCUUCGAUUUUGUCUAGUUUUCUCUGAAGCUUGUUGCGAGGAAGGAAGAAAAGGUCUUCGAUAUUUGUGAAAUUUUCCUCCAUCGCGUUGGACUGGUUUUUACGUGUCUAAACAACUGAUAAUUCUCGUGUCUAAUGCCUUCUUUUUCCGUAAACAAAACUAAGUAUACYACAACAAACAGAUAAGAUUUUUUCGUUUUCUUAGAGUGAAAUUUGAAGCUAAUUAACAAGUAAUGUCUCAGUGAGUCGUUCUGGGAGGAUGAAUAAUACUUAAGAUUUGCUUUUGUUAAAAAGUCAUUAGAAAGUUAUUUAAGUGUAAUUACGGAUAAUAAACAGASCAUGAUAGGAAACGAGAAGGUGGGCCAAUAUCGUGAUGUGAUGACUUAAUUUUCCAACCACAGGGAUCCCAACAAUAAAAAUGUACCAACGAA